GCCGUCGGCCACGCCCUCUCCUUUCCCCACUCUCGGCCCCUGAGGAGACAGUGAGGCUGGGCUGGAGCCGACUAUGGCGCCCAGUGGAGACUUGAUGGGGGCUGCUGAGGACCUGGCCGACCAGUUCUUGCGGGUGACGAAGCGGUACCUACCUCACCUGGCUCACCUCUGUCUGAUCAGCACCUUCCUUGAGGAUGGGAUACGGAUGUGGUUUCAAUGGAACGAGCAGCGGGAUUACAUCAAUAUGUCAUGGGGGUGCGGCAUCAUCUUGGCCACACUAUUCGUAUUAAUCAACAUGUCUGGACAGCUGGUUGGGUGCAUUCUAGUCCUAGCCAGGAAGUUUGUUCCUUACGGUUGUUUUGGCCUAUUUGGGAUUAUCUUCAUGCAGACAGUCGCUUACAGUAUUUUAUGGGAUCUCAAAUUCCUGAUGAGGAACCUUGCCCUAGGAGGUGGGCUGCUGCUGCUGCUGGCAGAGUCCCGCUCUGAAGGGAAGUCCAUGUUUGCCGGCGUCCCCACCGUGGAUGACAUUUCACCGCGACAGUACAUGCAGCUGGGAGGGAGGCUUCUGCUUGUGCUCAUGUUCAUGACACUGCUGCACUUUGAACUCAGUGCUUUCACUGGACCCUUAGUGCCGUUGGAUUCUCCCCUGUAACCCAUGCACAGCAGCAGUGUAGGCAGGUGAGUUGGCUGCUCUGUGCUGCAGGUUCCACGCCUUGUUUGGAAUGUGUGUGGGAAGGAGAGCGGGGAGGUGACUCCACUGCUGGUUAGUCCCGAGAAGAGUGAGCAGAGGCCUCAGACCUCCCGACCCACCUGACCGUGCCUUGAGCUAGUGCAGUGGGCAGGAUAACGUAGUCUUGCAUCUCUGCUGUUUCCGCAUUCCAGUCUGAACUGCUGCCUUCCAAGCCCUCCACGUGCAGCCAGCUCCUCUGCCCUGAAGUGUCUAACAAGCAAGACCCAAAAAAUGGGGAGAAUAGGCCAGGUAUGGGAGGCUGCGGAGAAAUGGGGGAGGUGACCAGUGUAGGAAGAAUCCCUAGUCGGAACUGGGUUUGAAGGAAGAUGGAACUGCGUUGAUGAUCUUGGGGUUUAUUCUCAGUUCUUGGGAAAAGUAUUGCUCUAGCUGGGAACUGAGAGCCAGAACACCUGAGUUCCGUUCCUGGCUCUGCCGCUGACUUGCUGUUUGUGAAGUGCUUUCACAUCCUGGCAUAAAAGAGCUGUGCAGGUACU